AUUGCCAAACCUGCAAAGACAGGGCUGUACUGAAUGCAGCGUAAUUUUGACCCAUGUUCCAUUAGCUGAGCGGCCCCGAGGGCACGAGGCUUCCGCGCGGGACUGUAAUGCUACACUGUCCUCCCUCUCCGGCCAGUUCAUCCUCCUCAGCAGCGCAGAGCAAUGGACCUGAAAGCGUAGCGCUCCUCCAGCACAGCAUAUCUGCAGUCACCUGCGACUCCAAUUGGCAAUCAAUAUUGAUAGAGUAUUUGUAAGGAUUACAGCCAUAAGGCAACACGUCGCGGGGGGGAAGGCUGGAAUUAUGAAGCGCUGUCAACAUGUCUAAGGCCACUGUUAAGAAGCUGCACUGGCGCUCAAAAGUGCAGGAGAGCUUCGUCCCGCUGGGCGGAAGGCUAGGGAGAGCUUGGCGUGCCAGGGGUGGUGCAGAUAUGGGAGAGUUCCCGUUUGUUACUGCAGCCUGGGGAGGAGCCACUGUUGGUGACAUCAUCCUAGAGAUUGGGGGAACACCUGUCCUGGGAUUAACUUUAGGAGACGUCAGAGGGGUUCUCAACUCAUGUCCACAUCCCAUUCGGAUCAAAACCGUCUCUCCAGGCUCGACUCUCUGUAAGGAUCUGAGACUUUACCUGAGCAAGUGCUUUACACCAGGAUCCAUGGACAGCCAACUCCAACAGGUCAUACGGGAGAACCUCUACCUGCGUGCCGUGCCCUGUACAACAAGGGCAACCACGGGAUGAGAAAUCUCAGGGGUGGAUUAUAUUGUGUCGAUUGAAGAAUUUUUCUCUCUAGAGGAGUCCUGGAGCCUUGCUGGAAAUGGGAAGUUCAAAGGGAACUAUUAUGGCACACCUCGGCCAGUUCACAUCGGUCCUGACAGCCCCCCCAUUACAUACCAGGAACAUCGAAACCUCCUGAGGAACUUCCGUACCCGCAGCAAAUCACUCAGCAACCUGGAAAAAGCAGUGGAGGAAGGUGACAACAGCGAAGAAGACUCUGGUCUGUCAGCGGGGUCCGCAGGGGCCAGCAGUGCGCCUCCUACCACCAUUGUCUCACCUAAUCAGACAUGGGACUUGGGCGGCAUGCGGGACGGAGGGCUUGCCAUUGAGAACGGAGCACGAGGAGGGGCAUUGCCUGAAAACUGGGAGCUGGCAUUCAGUGACACAGGAGAACCCUAUUACAUCAACCAUAACUCAAAGACCACAAGCUGGCUGGACCCAAGGACUCAGGGCAAAGAGAUUGUCAGCAAGACAGAGUUACCUGCAUUCACAGACCAACCAUCUGAUCUGAAGGGCUAUUCCAUACACACUCGCCUGCUGAAGGGACCCCGUGGGUUUGGCUUCAACAUUGUGGGUGGCAGCAGACCUCGAGAGUUCCUGCAGGUGUACAGCGUCACCCCCGGGGGACCGUCAGGACUCAAAACAGCGGAUAUCCUGGUGUACAUCAACGACUCAUGUGUACUGGGUUUGUCCCAUAAAGAAGUAGUAGAAAUGCUGAAAUCCGUCCCCAUGGGUCACAGCGUGGAUGUUGUUCUUCGUCGAGGUUACCCCAUGCUCUACAACCCUGAUGGCUGCCCCAAAACCAGUCUCGCCUCCCCUUCUGAUGCACCAAACACCAACCCUGCAGCCCCUGGGUCUGCUCAAUCCCAGGUCCAGCAUCCUGAUGGACAGCAGCCUGCCUUUGUGAACCUCAACCGCUCCAUGUCACUCCACAACAACUUCUACCCCCGCAUGCAGAAAGAGGCCUUGGAUGCCAAUGGAAACACGGCACCCCAGCCUUCCUACUCAAUGGCCAAUGGAAAUGGAGUGGGAGGGAUUAUAGGGAUGGGGGCGGUGCCUUUAUCAAACGGCCCUGCCCCUUCAGAGCGAAUGAGCUCCAGUCAUAGCGAUACAGAGGUCAGCUCUGUUGUCACACGCAGAGCUUCCCUUAUCCGAAGCUACAACAACAACUCUCUUCCAGCUCCUUCUCACACCCAUCACAGUUCCAAGUCUUCCGAGAGUGAUCUCUCCUCUACUGCGCUCCCACUACCCCAGCCUGAGGUGGGUCCUACCGCCCCGCCACCAGGAGCGCCCAGCAUCCAGCGGCCUCCCAUGCCCCAAACAUCUCUUGCUGUCGCACCCCCAACCGAGCACCCACCCUGUGGUUUUAACGGGUGUCCAGCCAACAACCCCCCGCGGCCUCUCCCGGGUGGCCUAGGGUCCCCUGGAGCCCCAGGUGGGGUAGGCUGUGGGGGAGGGGGUGAGCUGGUACCUGUGGCCUUGGGCAGGAGCGAGGGAGGGGGAAUGGGUUUCAGUGUGACGGCUGGGGGGCAGGGAGGUCAGCUGGCAGUGGUGAAGAGAGUCUGGGACAGGCGACAGUGCCACUCUUUACAGCCAGGGGAUGCCAUUAUUAAAAUCAAUGGGGCUGAUGUGCAGAGCCUCAGCUUUGCACAGGUGCAGCGGGUGCUGCAAGAACAUACCAAACAGGGUGAGGUGGUCUUACUGGUUUACAGAGGAGGUCCUCUUUGCUCCCCAGGCUCCCCAAAUGCCUAUAAGAGACUCCCUCCUUCACUGGGCACUCCUGAUCUGACCUCACCCUCCUCUGAUGGUGCUGUGCCCAGCCAGAGCACCCUCUCUCCCUCCUCGCCCUGUGGUGACCUUCCCAACCUGGUCCAAAGCACUAGCUUCCUGGACUCUGUGCCCGUUACCCUGACCCUAGAGCCCCGGGACUGGUUAGGAGUGGAGGACGGACCUGCUCAGUGCCGUACUGCUGUCUCUAACCUUGGCGCAGUAUCUAAAAGCCAUGUGGACACAAGGGCAGCAAUCUCUUCCAGAGCCAUGGAUGUGGAGUUGAGACGAAGACCAGGAGAAGGAUUUGGGUUUGUCAUUGCAUCCCAGGAUGUAGUGAAUGGAACAUCGUCUCUAGUGUCUCAUCGGUUUGUGACGGUGCGUCGGGGGAGCCCAGCAGCGCGCAGUGGUCAGAUUCAGCCGGGAGAUCAGCUGGAGGCUGUGGAGGGCAGAUCGGUGGUCACGCUGCCUCACAGAGACCUUGCACAGAUCCUACGUAGAGCUGGAAACACACUCAGACUCACCAUCGUACCACGCUCUCACACCAACAAUAAUCUGCCUGAAUACCCUGACUUUGAUGCUGAGAGCCGGUUAAGGAAAGGGCAUCGGGCCAAGCAAAAGGAUUCCCAGUUUUAUAAUGUUGAUCUUGAGAGGGGACCAACAGGAUUUGGUUUUAGUUUGCGAGGAGGAAGUGAGUAUAACAUGGGUCUGUAUGUGCUCGGUCUGAUGGAGGGCGGCCCGGCCUCACGCAGUCAGAAAAUACAGGUGAGUGAUCAGCUGGUGGAGAUUAAUGGAGACAGCACAGUCGGCAUGACACACAGCCAGGCCGUCGAGCAGAUCCGAAAGGGAGGAGCACGGAUACACCUCGUACUGAAGAAAGGCAACGGAUACGUACCGGAUUAUGACCAUGAAGCCGGAGCCACUUCCCCCUCCUCCGUCUUCUCCGAGGAGCCGCUUGUGGCUGCAGUAGAUCACACUCCUCUGAGGAGCAGCAGAUGCGUGGAUGACAGUGGACGAGAGAGAAGAGAGAGGAGGGGGAAGGGAAGAACGAGUAGAGAAAGUGGAGUAGACGAGGGCAAGCGUGGCUGGGCAGAGGACGUCAGCACAGUUGGUAGCUCCCGGUCCACGAGGAAAAGGAAAGAGCAACAGAUGCGUUCACGGAGUUUACCUGGUACACUGAGAGGCCGAGAAGGGUCACGGAGAGAAGAAGAUGAAGAAGAGGAGGAGGGAGAUGGAAAACGGGGGGAAAGGAAGGGAGAGGGGGAGAGGCAAAGAGGAAGGCAAAAAAGCAAAAGCAUGGGGGAGAGAAGACAAAAAGCAAAGGAUGUUAGGUCACAGAGGGAGAACAGUCUCCCAGUGGAUGGAGAAAGGGAGGGAGGAAGAGGAAAGAGGGAUAAGAACAGAUCCAGCACAAUCGAGGUCACGCAGCGCGCACCUUUCUCCUUCCUCAUGCCUUUGGACAAUGACGAUGAUGGGUCAGGCGCAGAAUCGACUCACAGCUUCUCUGAAGUCAGUGUGUCUGCAGCCAGCAUCGCAUUUUGGGGGACUCAGUGGCCCCCGGAUCCCAUCAGCCCUCUAGAGGCUUCUGGAUCUUCAACAAAUGCCCCGGGACCCUGGCUUGUCCCUAGCCCUCACAAACUCUCUCAGGUUUUAGAGGGGAAAAGGCUGAGCCAGAAAAAGGAAGGACUGUGGUCCUAAUGCUAUUUCACCUUAAAGGGAUAGUUCACCUAAACACACCUCCUCAUGUCAUUCUAAUACUGUAUGACUUUCCUUCUUCGAGAAGUAGUUAAGCUGUUAAGGCCAAAGUAUACUUUUAUGUGUAUGCAAGUAUACUUGCACAGCCUUUCAAAGUGUAAUCUAUUUGUAAACAUAUUGUAGACCAGUGUCUCUCAACCACAUUCCCGGAGAACUACCAGCUCUGCACAUUUUCCAUGGCGUUUCUCAAUAUGCGUUCUUCAGCGAUCUUGCAUCCUUGUGUAACGUAAUCAUCAACCGAGAAAUUUCAGUUCCAAAACUCAAGACCACAAGAACGAAGGACGUGUGAAAGUUUCCGGAUGUGUUCUUGGUAUCUAGGAUGCACUGAUGCAGACUUGAGCACCGAACUCGCUCUGGAAGUCCCAGAAGUCAUUGCGGCUGAAUAAAGGAGGUGGGAAGCACAGAAUUUUAUAUAGAUUUAUUAUUAAAGUUUAGAGAUAAAACUUUUAAGAUAAAAAAGUAAACGUUACCAUGAAAAUCUUAAUAGAGGCAUAAAUGCGUUAAGAUUUUGCUAGGGGCGGCAUGGAGACCCCCCACCCCCCUUACUUCACUUUCGUCCGCGACACCAAGCAACCCUGCCGAUGUUUAAAUAAUUUACCGUUAAAAACUUGUGAAGGUCAUGUGACAGGAAGAAAGCUGCAUCUUAUUUCUCACAGGACGUGUUCUGUGUUUACGUGGUCUCCCGAGUCUGUUCUUCCGAGGUGACAAGGCAUGACCGGUCUUCACAAGAACGCAAGUCCGUUCUCUGCGUUCUUGGAAUUGAGAAACAGCCCUUGUCUUCUUAACCAAACACACCUAAUUCAGAUCAUCAGCUGAGCAUGAAAGAGCUGUAAUAGAUGUGACAAACAAAUCAGACAUCCAAAACAUGCAGUGUUGGUGGUCCUCCAGGAACGUGGUUGAGAAACACUGCUGUAGACACUUGACAGGUGGGCACUAGAAAGAUUCAUCUAUCUACAGUGUCUCCUUUUUCUUUCCAAAAUAUGCCUUGCCUUAUGAACAUGGGCAUCUUGAGUAGUUAAUUGUUGAAUUUAUUUCCUGACUGUCAAAGGCAUAGAAAUAACUUGUAUAUUAUAUUAUAUUCCAAGUCUUAAGAGUCAUAUUAUAGCCGUAUUCAGACCAACCCCCAAAUUUAUGUAAUCUAAAUCUGUGUUUCUCAACCACAUUCCUGGAGGACCACCAACCCUGCAUGUUUUGGAUGUCUCCUUUGUCUGUCACAGCCAUUACAGCUCUUUCAUGCUCUGCUGAGCUGAUACUAUGAAUCAGGUAUGUUUGGUUAAGGAGACAUGGAAAAUGAGCAGAGCAAACUCUAUUUGAUUUUGUGAAUCAAGUUAAAUGUUUCAAAGAAAAGGAAAUCUAUUAAAAAUAGAUUUCUCUGGUUCAGUGUUGACACCUUGUGGACAUAUGUAGCACAAAUAAACUUGCAAAAUUGUAUGUGUGCAAGUAUAAAUAUCUGCAUCACUCACAAUGUGCGUAGACCUAACAUACACAUAAAAAUCUAAGUACACCUCGGGUUAUACUGUAUUUGUUUCUGUUUAUCAAUGAUUUGCCAAGUAGACAACCGAAAGUGGCUGUAGGCAAUGCACCAUGUUUUGUUUUUUUUUUUGCCUGCAGAUGUUUGCUGAUAUUGUGACUGCAGUGAUUUAAGAUUUUAGUCUGUUCUUCACACAAAGCUAUGAAAUAUCUAAUUAACUUCUAAUAUAUUAACAAAAUAUAGUUCUCAAAUCAUAUUGAUCACUUGUAUUACACUUAAAUGGUGCUUUUUGCAUCCUUUUUGAACUUUUACUAAAUAGAUUUUGUUUUAUUUUAUGGAAGAAAAGUCAUACAGGGUUAAAAUGACAUGAGUGUUUGUAAAUGACAGUUUAUUUUAUUUAUUUUUAUUUACAUUUUGAUAGGUAAACUAUCCCUUUAAAUUUCUCUGUCUUUUACAUACCCACCCAUACAGCCUCUCUUGCUCUGUCUAUAUAUCUGUGGUUUUAAGUACACCACCGCCAUCCCACCAGCCCCUCUUCUGUCUCAAAUCCAUGCCUAAAGUAUAUAGUUCCGUGUUCUGGUGUUGGUAUCAUCCAGAAAUCUCCCACCCAGGCCGAUCAAGACUUGAUUUUAUCGCCAUCCAGUGGCCAAGGAGAGAAAAAAGUGAAAAUGCUGUCAUUACAUUUAUGGCUAGCAUGAUCGUAACUGCAAGGUCAGUUAGUAUGUCUAUAAUUCAUGGUAUCCUUCAUAGCAUGUGUCUUUUCUCAGAUCAUUUUUAUUUUGCAUAUUUUCAAUUUAUUUUCAUAAGAUAGCAACAAAAAAAAUUAUUAUAAAAAAGGAAGAUUUAUUUAAGACACGGAUGCUCAGUUGUGCCCCUGAAGAGUGACGUUUCUGAAAGUAAAGAGAUCUUCAGGAGCCGGACUAAGCACCUUCGAUUUAAGAGAUUUUAUUAGCUGCUUGCUGUUUGUGACUGGACUGAAACCCCUCCCCUGCUGUGUGCACGGUGGUUUUGCUGUUCAAAGAGGGAGAGGGGGGGGGGGUAUAACAGAACUAAAGUUUUAUUAUAAGGCCAGUGAGCCGUAUCAAACCUCUCCAGGUGCCUUCUGCUUCUUUAGCCAGUGUUUACCAAAAAAAAAAGAGAGAAACAAAUACAAGUAGAAGAAUUUAAGACGUAGCAUAGUAGAAAGUGUGCAACACAAUACUGUUCUGCCUCUUUAACAUCUAUAUCUUUGCAAGACAUGGUUCACGAGUUGGGGAAAAUAUUCUGCACACGCUCUGCGAAACUUCAGCUAAGUGAGUCAAAGUGAAAGAGAGCCAUUACAAGUGCCUCAUGCGAUAUUCCUUUAUACUAGACAUAGACUUCCCUCAAGCUCAAAGUCAGGACCCAAAGUUUAGAUUUAUCCUUUUCCUCCAUUGUGAUACUUUUUUUUGCAUUUGUAUGCUUUCUGGUUCAAUAUUUCAGACCCAUUUCAUUGCCCUUGACAUUUCAGAAAAAAAAUAAAUAAAAAUGCGAAAACGAAGGCCUCCACCAAUCAGCAUCGAGCAUCAUGCAGAUUCUUCAUUUCAGGAGACAAAAGAAAAAGAAAAACAAACAAAAAAAAUACCAAGAAGAAAAAAAGGGCAUUUUGAUACAGGUCUUCUAUGCAUUUUGUAAGACUUACUGAUCAAAAAUUGCGGUAGGAUUUUUCUACCUAAGAUAUGAGAUUCGUAAUUUUGUGUACUGUUAAAAUACACAGGCAGGUUGGUGAAACGAAACCGAAAAUUUGAUCCGGUGAUAAUCAGACAUGCUGUACCACCAGCUUAUGCAUUGAUCCUUACCUCAGAACUGUCUGAGCAAUAAGUGCUAUCUCUUUUUGUUCUGUGUCAUACCAAGCGAAGCUCUAGGCAAGCUCAUCCGAAAAAAUGCACAGUAAAAUAAUCUGUGAUAAAUUAAUUUGAAUUUGAUAUUUUAAAGAAAAACAGUAUUUUAUCAUGCAGAAAUACAUUUAUUUACAAAGCUCAAUAAUAUAGCUCAUAAUCCUAUCUUGCAGAUUUAAAAACCCAAAACCCAGUUAAUUUGUCACUGGAGAUUUUUACUGUGCUGUAACAUAUCGAUAGAUGCUUACAUAGAAGACAGCAUGCGAGUUCUAUUGCCAUAAACACAGCCUGUAAGCAUUUAGCAAUCUGCGAUUCGGAAAAAGUUGAUACAAUGAUCUUGAGUGUUAACACUUUAAAUCAGGGCUCUUACACGAGUAUUACACAUCUGAGGUGUCGUCUGAAAGUUCACUGCUCUCAGAAUCCUCAACCAGCCUGGGUAUUGAUGUUGACUUUGUACCUGAUUAUCCCAUUGGCAUCAGCACGUACUGUACAGAAACUGGGAUGACCUUGUAAAUGUUUCGUUUCGGGUUUAUUUUUGUGAGGGGGAAGAUUUAGCUUUGUUUUCCCAACACGUUAAUACUGUAGCAUUUCCCUUACUGUAGCAAGCUUAUUGUACAUAGUUAUAGAUCCUGGACAUAUCUAUUAUCAUUGUUUACUUUAGACAAAUCUGUAUUCUUGAUGCCCCCCAAUGUCACAUAUCAGAAAUACACAGCACUGUCGGUUUAUUUCGAGACAUGCUGCAUUUCAAUCCAAGGUGCCCAAUGGCUUGAUGAGAAGCUUGAUAUAUACCGUAAAUGAUUCUUAUAAUUCAGAAUUGCAUGUCCGUAGUGAGUAUUACUAGUUUUAAUAGCACUGGCCCUUAUAAUGAAAUCAAAUGUCCCAAUGGCAUGAUAUUGUAUUCCACGGCAUAUGUUGGUGGUUUGAAACUAUUCGAAUUGUGGAAUCUGAUCUGACCUUGGUUUUUGCACAACGUGGGUCUUUCGGCCCGCUUUUAUAGCCCUCUUCAUUACGUCUUCAACAUAUUAAAAAGCAAGAUUUAGAGACACAACGACCACAAGUAUGUAGACCACAAAGAUAAGAAUUAGCAUGCCCACCGAACAUGGUCCCGUCCCAUAGGUUUCCUCGUACCGGAGACAGUUUAGACCCUUAGAUGUUCAAUAGUCACAAAAAACGAGCCAUACUCUGAGCCAACAGAUAUAUGAAUACAACGAUGCAAUGUUUUUUUAUAAUAAUGUCUGCAAGGUUCCUAUUAGUGCAAAUGUGCCAUUUUAAAUGCUAAUCAAUGAUGUCAUACUCUUUCCCUCUACUGAGAUAAAUGCAGACGGGCAUUUGUCCCACCGAGUUUGACGGUUUUAAAAUAUCAAAACACAAACGGAGUGUUUCAGCUUUGAAUUUUCAACUUGAAUUUGCUAUAUUGGCCUUGUAAGGAGUCAGCCAUUGUACAGAACAAGAACAAUUGAAUUUGUAAAGAGGAAAGAAGAAAAUUAGAUGAGAUUUUUAUAUCUAGAAAUAUAGGAUUGAAGUCAGCAGGGGUGUAAAGCACUUGAGCAACUGUACUUCAUUAUAGUAUUAUUUAGAACUGAAUGUUUAUUUAUGCAAAUGUUUAUUUUCAGAAUAUAUGUCAUACUUUUUAUUUCUCCCUACUAUUUAUUAUAGGUCUUUAAAAAGUACAUAUUUCAUAAUUAAAACUAUGACAAGAAAGUUAUAAAUAUUUGGGCAAAUUUCUUUGUGAAGAGAUAAAAUAUAAUUGAUUUUACAAUAUAGACAUUGCUGAACAAAAAAAACAUUGUUUUAAAUGACAUUUCUUCCAAAUUUAAAGUAAAAUGUAUUUUAGAGAAUUAUUUGUUUUUUGUGUAAAAUAGAAAGAUGUCCUGUAUUAAUUUUGCCAAUGUCAAUUUUUUUUAGAUGAGUCCAUGUAAAUACAGAGUAAAGUUAAAGAGUGAAGUUUAUUUAUAAACUAAUUUUGAGAGGAUCACAUGCUUAUGAUUGAUCACAGCUAGUCCUGCAUUAGCCAAUUCAUGAUUCACCAAUCAGACAAUUCCUAAGUCACUAUAAUUAACCUAAGUUCCAUCUUCGUUUUGAAGAAUCCCCCCUUCCAUCCCUACUCCUCCUCCUUUCCUAGAUGGGUGGCACGGCAGCCCAGUGGUUAGCACUGUUGCCUUACAGCAAGAAUGUCACUGGUUCUAGUCCUUUCUAAGUUAGUCGAUGUUUCUGUGCGGAGUUUACAUAUUCUCCCCAUGCACGUGUGGGUUUCUUCUUAUGAGGAUCUUAUGAGCUCAGGCCUCUCUCCCGGGACAGCAUGCCAAAUGUGCUUUAUAACCAAUCAUCAGUUAAGUGUGAACUCUUGAAAUAGUCUUAAAAAGUUGUAAAAUUAUCACUAGUUAUACACGUAACAAAAAAUACUAUUAAAAUUACUCUAAUAUAAGUUAAAAGAUAAAUGGAUAUAUUUAACUAAAUCAAAGUCCAGCACAAAUCUCAAAAUAACUAAUACUAUAGUUGAAAUUUAAAAAAGGAAAAUAUAAUGUAUAAAAGCUAAUUAAAAAAUGAAUAAGAAAAUAUAUAUUAUUUAUAAUAACAGCAAUGAAAUAAGUAACUAUACUUGUGUGUCAGCAACUGCUUAAUUUAAAGUUUAACAUAUUUAAACUUCAUUAAAAAGUACUUUUUUGUCCUUGAGUCUUAUUUUCAGAACAUUAAGAAAAUAAAACUUAGUUUUUUUGCACAUUUAAAUAAAGAUUUCAUUAGGCUAUUUCUAAAGUUAAGAAUAUGUUCAUGUUUACCACUAAGUACUAAAUACUUAAAACUCUAGACACUGUAAACCUCUGACACCAUACCCAUUCUUCAGUAUACUUUCUCAGUGCUUUUACCCCCCUGCAAGCCAGACAGUGUGGCCCAUGAUAAUGAAUAAAGAGGACAUUGUGUCAUAUAAAGGAAGUAACCGCUGCACCAGUAGAGACCCCCGAUGAAAAGCCCAAUCUGAAUUCUUCACAUGAUCUCCUUUUCAUCAUUGGUGCUGAUCUUCCAACUGACUGGCUAUUUUGCUUUCCCUACCAUUCAGUACACAUGGAGGUCACCAUUUGCAGACCAACGGAAAGCAGUUUAAAAAGUGUUCGGAUGGGGCUACAAAACUUUCUGUCAGCUCCUGUGUAAAGGUUUUACUUCCUUUAUAGCAUAAGUGUCCUCUCCUUCGUUUUGACUUAGCGUAGGACUCUGAAGUAUAGUAAAUGAGGAAGCAGGCAGCAGUGUGUUGCAGAUUUUUACCUGCCGGGUCUGAGGCGAGACCUCGAGUAGCCGUUAUUUUAGUGGCGCCCUCUGCAGGGAAGAUGCUGAGUGUGUAAAUAGCAGUCCACAAGGGGACACCUUGAACACAGAUGUACAGGUUUUUAAUUGUUGCUCUUGAUAUGUAUGAAGAUACUGUAUUGUUUUUGAAUGCAUCAACAGGGAGUUUUGAAUUAUGAAUAAUGACAUGCAGUUACAGAAAUAAACUGAAUAAAAUGGAAUUAAA